AUGGUAGAAGUUGAUGCUGCCAAAGUAUAUUUACAAUGCAUGUCCAGGGAUCUCUUUGCACCAGACUACACUGAAACUCAUUAUACCAAAACUGGAACAGCCCAAACCAUCUGCUUGAACAAAACAGAUAAUUGCUUUUACCAUGGUCGAGUGAGGGCCAUUCGUGAAUCAAGUGUGGUGCUCAGCACAUGCAAAGGUCUACGUGGCCUUAUAGUUAUAAGCAACAACCUCAGUUACGUCUUAGAACCUCUUCCUGAUAGCCAGGAGCAUCACUUCAUCUACAGGUCUGAGCAUCUCAAAGUUCCUCACGGAAGCUGUGGAAAUGAGCAUUUGGAGUCAAAGGUGACAGAUUGGCUUGCAGAGUUGACAGGCCGAACCGAACCCCAUUAUCACAGGGUGAAGAGGGAUGAUCAACAAUCAAUGAAAUAUGUGGAGCUUCUAUUAGUAGCUGAUUAUGCAGAAUUUCAGAAAAAUAAAUAUGAUCUUCAAGCAACCAAGAAUAAAUUAGUGGAAGCUGCCAAUUAUGUAGAUAAAUUCUACAGGUCAUUUAAUAUACGGAUUGCUCUGGUUGGACUUGAAAUCUGGAAUGAUUACAAUAAGUGUGAUAUCUCUGCGAACCCACAUUCAACGCUUUGGUCAUUUCUUGCUUGGCGGCGCAGAUUACUAAUAAAUAAAAAGCAUGACAAUGCCCAGUUGAUUACUGGGAUGUCCUUCCAUGGUACUACUAUUGGCUUGGCCCCUCUGAUGGCCAUGUGUUCAUCUUAUCAGUCUGGAGGAGUAAAUAUGGAUCACUCUGAAAAUGCCAUUGGAGUUGCUGCCACUAUGGCCCAUGAGAUGGGCCACAACUUUGGCAUGAGUCAUGAUUCAGUUGGCUGCUGCUCUGCCAGUCCCCGAGAUGGAGGAUGUAUUAUGGCUGCUGCAACAGGGGCACCCUUCCCCAGAGUCUUCAACGAAUGCAAUAGGAAAGAGCUGGAACGAUAUUUGCAAUCUGGUGGUGGGAUGUGUCUUUACAAUAUGCCAGAUACAAGGACCUUAUAUGGAGGACAGAAGUGUGGAAAUGGGUAUCUGGAAGAAGGGGAAGAAUGUGAUUGUGGAGAAGUGGAGGAAUGUCAGAAUCCUUGUUGCAAUGCUGCUAAUUGCACUCUGAAGCAGGGCGCUGAGUGUGCGCAUGGAACUUGCUGUCACAAAUGCAAGUUGGUUUCACCUGGAACUCUUUGCCGGGAACAGGAGAGAACAUGCGACUUACCGGAAUACUGUUCGGGCAAAUCACCAUUUUGCCCUGCAAACUUCUAUCAGAUGGACGGUACCCCAUGCGAGGAUGGCAGGGCAUAUUGCUACAAUGGAAUGUGUCUGACGUACGAGCAACAAUGUUUGCAGCUUUGGGGAUAUGGAGCAAGGCCAGCCCCCGACCUUUGCUUUGAGAGAGUUAAUGCUGCCGGAGAUUCCUAUGGGAACUGUGGGAAGGAUAUCAGUGGGAACUACAGGAAGUGCGACACAAGAAAUGCUAAAUGUGGCAAGAUACAGUGCCAAAGUUCUGCUUCCAAGCCUCUGGAGUCCAAUGCUGUUGCAAUUGAUACAACUAUCAAAUUAAAUGGAAGAGUAAUUCAUUGUCGUGGGACCCACGUCUAUCGAAAUGAAGAAGAUGAAGGAGAUAUAUUAGACCCAGGACUUGUGAUGACGGGAACCAAAUGCGGUGACAAUCAUGUGUGCUUUGAGGGCCACUGUCAGAAUACCUCCUUCUUUGAUAGUGGACAUUGUGGGAAAAAGUGCAAUGGCCAUGGAAUUUGCAACAAUAAUCACAACUGCCAUUGUUUCAGUGGAUGGGCACCUCCAUUUUGUGAGAAACCUGGAAAGGGAGGAAGCCUGGACAGUGGCCCCAUGCUUGAGAAAAGUCCUAUUCCAAUCAUCAUAGGUGUCCUGGUUUCUGUCUUGCUUUUGACUUUAAUUGGAAUAGCUUUUUGCUGUUACAAAUGGAGAGCCAAACUUGUGCCAAUUAAGAAGGCUAUCUUUGCUCCCAAGAAAACCGAACAGUCCAGCAUACCUCCUCCCAUUCAGAAGGAAGUGAAUGGACAUGCCAACCCAGCAUUCAAAUUGAAAACUCCACAAGGACAGAGAAAGAUUACUGAUAUACAGAAUGUGCUCUCAAAAUCUGAAGUGCUAUACUGCGAGCCACCUGCAGAGCUCAAGAGACAGGGGAAGCCACCACCUCCAGCUGUUCCAGCUAACUACGCAAAGAAAUCCCCCUUUCUAGAACAUGGUACUGAGGAGAAGCAUUUGCCAAAACGAACUCCACCGAACAGGCCCGCACCUCCACCUCCGAAAGUCAUGGUUCAGCAGGAUUCUUCCCGACUAAAACCACCUCAGAGAGCACUUCCAGCUAAUCCAGUCCCUUCAAGCCACAGGACGGGGUUGUCCAAAGUGAAUACAGGAGCAAUACCACCCUAUGGCACUUUAAGGAAUACAGGAAUACAGAAUGCAGUCUUGGCAGAGAAUCGAGCCAUAAGAAAUCCUGGAGCUGCAAAUAUUCAGAAGUUUAGAAGCUGAAAUUUGUCCUCUGGUUCUAAAAUCUGCAUCAAUUCCAUUUGGAAUUUUCAAGAGCUUUGUUUCAUUUUGUACAAGUCUCAGGCCUUAAGUAAUUGAGGCCAAUUUCAGAGCAACCUUUAGGAAAGGAUCUCUAUUUUGUGGCAUGGAUUGAUGCAAUUCUCUAGAAACGGUCUAGAGAUAUCCCAGUACAUACCAAGGACCUUUCUCCAUUACAUUUGUUUGUUUCAAUUGGCAUGCAGAAGGAAGCAGAGGACUUAAUUACUCAUGUAAUUCAUGGUUGCAACAAUAGACAGAUUGAUUAAUCAACAUUGCAUAAUGGAAUCAACAUAUCUAUCUCUGAACACUUUCUGGAACAAAAUCUGAAGUCUUUGAAAGAAGAAAGAAAUGUGAUGCCCUAAGAUCAUCUCAUGCUGGUGAGAGAUCCUCCCAAGCUACUUUAGAUCAAAUAGAAGAGAUUCCCAAUUUGAAGAAUGUUGCUGUAUGUGCAUUUAAGAGAAGAAUUUUCUUUCCCUUUAAGGAACCUUCUUAUAUACUGUAUAUUCAAUCUCUUAUAUUCUUCUAUGGCGUCAGAUUUCAGUUCGAAGUUUUUUCAGUCCACACUUUUCAGAAUUUAGAAAUUUUAGCAACGUAAGUGCAGUGAGUCCAUAUUUUGCCUUGAACUUCCACGAUCUUCUGAGGCAUACUCAGGUCUAUUUGCCUUGGAAUUGUAACAAGUCCUGGCCAGUGUUCAAGGGUGUUUUUGUGAUAGCAAAUUUUUACCUUCAACCUUCAACAGGUCUUGACGCUGUUUCUUCUCAGCUGUUAUUUGCUUCAGAUGUCUUAUGUAUCUCUGAAAUGCAACUUUGGGAAGGGAUCACUGAGCUUUCCUCAAGUGUUACAUGAGGUAAUUUCAAUAGAAAGUGAAGAAUGGAGAGAUGCUUCUAAUAUGACACCCAUCUCUAUGCCAAAAGAAAACACGUUAAAGGAAUUUCAUAAACCUUUUAUAUGAAGAGGGAAGUGGGCUGUUUUAGAGGGACUAGAAUAGAGGAGAAAAUUACAAAAAUUAGGUUGGAUUUUAUCAUGCAUGGGGUGGGGGCAGAAUUUUUUUCUGGGUUUUUUUUAUAGGUGAGGUAGGGUAGGUUUUUAAACGUAUUGUGCCUAUUUUAGGUAAUAUUAGAAUUUAUUUAUUAUCUGGUCUUGAAACAAUAUUUUACGGUACAGUUGAAGAAGGUGCAAGAAAGAGACUUUUAAAAAUUACUUUGCUCUGAAGGAUGUAGCAAACCCUUGUCCCAAUAUCCCGUGGUGUGCUGAAGCUGGUUUGUGCUGGCUCACGAGAGCCAAUUGUUACAUUUUCUUGAAUUUUGUGAGCUAGUGGAGACCAGAACUCUGAACUGCUGUCCCUACAGUACACACCAAUCAUCAUUUGCCCACAUGUCAGUACCCAUUUCUCACAUACCAGGAGAUGCUCAUUGAUUUUGCUGCAUGGACUUUACCUUCAUGAGGACAAAAAAAGAUGAGAGACUAUUCAGGGUCCACACAGUGUUUUUGUCACUGCUGCCCCUCUCUGCUUAAGGUAGUUUUUUUUUUAAUGUAUUUAUCUUUCCUAUAUAGACUGGGCUUAUUCACUUCAAACAUUUGGAAAUGUCCUUAAUGUAGCUAGUACUUUUUUAUACUUUCUAAAUUGGCAUUGGCAUAAAGAAUACAAUAAAUUUAUAAUAAGAACAAAGUCAUCUGAUAAAGUACCACAGUAACCUUUAUAACACCAUUAUAAUGGGGAAUUUCCUGAUUAAAAUGUAAUGCAGAGCUAUGUAUAAGUGUCCCAUUGAUCAGUGUUUAUUUAAAGGUUGUUAUCUUACUCAUCCCGCAUUCAAAGUUUUAUAGGUUUCUCAUUCCAAUUCAUCAGGGGAUACCUAAUGAUCCAGCUUAAUUAGACAUUCACCACAAUUCAUGAAGCUCAAAAUAGGUUUUUUUGAGCAGUUGAUGAAAGUCUAUUGUUUGUCUAACUGUGCUCCACAAGUUGUCUUUGCACUUUAAGCAACCUUGAAUUGUAGUGAUAAUCAAUUGUAACACUGAGGCAUAGCCAAGGCUUCACAAAUGUUCUCAGGUUUUAAGUGGUGCUUCCUUUAUCCUGUGGAUAUUUUUUUUUUCAGUUUGCUUUGCAAUAUGUUGGUGCUAAAGAAAUGCUGUUUGGUUUCUGAUGAUGUAAAAUCGCCAUGGUUAGUCUAUGUGAUAUAUAGAGCCACAGUGCAUAUAAUGUUAGUGUAGUACAACUCCAGUUGUAACUAUAAGCAUCUGAACUGUGACAGACUAUAAUCCAAUUACGCCAUAUGCUAGUUCAAGAGUCCAUACAGAAAUCUAAAAUUAUCUUCCUGAAAGUAUGAUUUCAAAUUGGGCAUUAGCUUCUUUUGAUUAAUGCUGGGCUUAUCAAAUAGUAUUUUAAUUGCAUACCUACAUUGCCAGAGUACAAAGUAAUAUUGUAUGUUUAUGUUUCAUACUGAAUAUGUAGCUACAAGAAGAGCAAAUCUUUCCCAUGAUCUUUCUAUGAUGCUCAUUACUUCCUAGCAAAACUGAAUAGUUAUUUGUAAUACGAAUGAAGAGUUUUGUAGUCCCUUUAUAUUUAAAUUCUUCUGAACGAAGUGUAUUUGUAGAAAUGUGUACAGAAUAGGAAAGGUUGCAAUUUUUGCUCAAAACAAAAUAGGUUUUCUCAAUACACACUUGAACAUGUGCUAGAACAGGGGUGUCAAACUUGAUUACAUUGACGGCUGCAUGAGGGUUGUGUUUGACCUCAAGGGCCCCUGUGGCGGCCUGAGCACUUUACCAGUGAAAACCGGCUCCCAAACUCCGUUUUCACCUGUGACGGCAUCCUGCAACCCUCUGCCAGCAAAAAUUGAACUCGGGAGGGCCGUCCAUAGCCCUCGCGAGCUCCGUUUUCUCUGGCAGAGGCACCAUGUGCUAGUCCUGCGCUGUUUCCAGAACAGCCCCAUGGACCGGAUCUAAGCACCCUACAGGUUGAAUUUGGCCCCUGGGCCUUGAGUUUGACACCCCUGUGCUAGAAAAUAGUUUCAUUCUGUUGGGCAAAGCUUGAAACUGUUAAAAGUAUUCUGAUCGUAGGAUUUAGUGGGAACUCUAAAUCAACCUAUUUCCCUAUUUUUCAUGCCAGAGAGUUACAAUCAUUUAUAGAUUAGCAUUUCAUGCCAAGUUUUUGGUAGAAAAUUUGAUCAAGUAAAAAACCCCACACACUUUUUAAAAAGCAUUAAGUCCAGAGAGGAAACAAGCAACAGAGUUCUGCUUUAACCAUGUACCCUUUCUAUCCCACAACCCACUUCCACAUCUGCUUAUCCGGUAUGAAUAAUAAUAGCAAGAGCAUCACUUAAUCCUCGCUAGUUUAUCGAUAUGCUGAAAAAGUUGAGAAAAAGGAAUCCAGGCAUAAGCCACAAAGUAAUAUCCGAGCUGCAGUUCUCAGAACAGGUAAAGUGCUGAAAAUGACUCAAAGCUAUCAGCAUAAUUUCACACUCAGAACAAACUGCUAUGUUUUGCUAUAACCAAACUCUUGAACCAAACAACUAUUUUGUUCCAUGUUUGCAAUAGCUGAAAUGAUCAUUUUUAAAGCCAAAGUAUUUUGUGCAUUCCUAGUUGCCUGUUUCAAACUCACACCAAUUUAGCAACUCUUUAACAAUAGGAAAGUAGCUAGAAAGUGCAGCUAUCAUACAGUUAUUCUUGGUCCUUUGAAGAGGAUAGAUAGAUUUUCAAUACAAUCACUAUAAUGACAUUCAAAAUUAUAGCUGCAGGAGUUGAAGCUUUGCUGCAGCCUUAUCAUGUCAUGACUGCCUUAAUGAAAUUCAAACAUAUCCUACAUUCUCAGUCUUCCAUAAUCUGAAAAUCUGUUUCCAAAACUUUGCAGAAUCCUCUUGAAAAUAUUUUAUUGAGGUAGGUGAAGACACAAAAAAAAUCAAAUUCUUAAUUUAGCACUGCUUUGAGUAAAUGUGCACUUUUCUUCCACUAACCUUUAUUUGGCCUAUUUCAUAUUGCUCCAAGGUGUCUGUAUUUCCAAGAAUAUUUUACAACGAAAAAAUAAUCUUUUCAAUCAGAUUGCCAGUUCUUAAAAGUUACUUCCUCAUACAUUCUAAAAUUGGCAUCCUGCUCCCUUCUUACUGGUGCAGGAAUACAACUAUGUCUUCCUCCUCUACCUCUUGGGCAUUUCCUUGUGUGAUAAUGGGAAAGAGAAAAACUCUGCUCCUACAGUUACUGCAUGAUUAAGGGAAUGUUGGUACAUCUCAUAACUAUGUUCUAGAGCAGGGUUCCCUAACCCCUAGUCUGUGGAUCUGCACUGGUCUGUAGCAUGUCAGAAAUUGAACCGCUGAAACAGGUAAAGACUCGUACACGAGAUACAGACAGCACGCAAAUCCAUGACCCACCCAGUCCGCGGAAAAACCUCUCUCCACAGAAAUGGUCCCUGGUGCUCAAAAGUUUGAGGGCCACUGUUCUAGAGGAGCCUUUUCAAAUGCAGAAAAUGACAGUCUCAACUACAGUAUAUGCCUUAAUACUAAUAAUACUUCACAUAAUUGUUUUUUCAUAUGCAUGGCAUAGAUUGGGAGGAAAAUGUUACAUGUGGUUACAGCUCAAUACAGAUUGUACUUCUAAAAUCCCAUGGAGCUUAUUUCCAAGUUUAAUAAACACUAGAGCUGUGCAGUGCUUUGGAUUCAAAGGCAAAAGGCAAGAUCAGGAUUCACCAAAUUAAGGGAGGGAAGGAGGGAGAGGCAAAAUGGAACAUUUUCCAAACCAUGCAUUAUCUGGAGAUGAUCAUUGCUGCAUGAUCACAGAAAAGAUAUAUUUGACUAAAUGAAUUUCAAUGUGCCUUUUUUGCCUUUAUAACUGAAGUACCGUACAAUCCUAGACUGCACGAUAACAAUGUCCACACAAAAUAUUUUGAAGAAGCAUGUUUUACCAUGUCUCACCACUUUGCUUUGGAGUUUACAAUAUGAUUUUUGUGUACCUUUACAAAUUGUACAUAUACAAAUACUUGAACAAUGCAGUUUGUUGUGCCUUUUGCCUAGA